GAUAAAAUCGAGCUUAUGUACACUGACACAGAUUCAUUGAUAUAUCAUAUAGAUACUGAGGACUUUUACGAGGACCUGGCUACUAAUCCUAUCUUACUGGACCGGAUGGAUACUGCCAACCUACCCCGUGACCACCCAUGCUAUAUACCAGAUAGGAAGAAGGUGCCUGGGUUCUUCUCUGAUGAGAUGGAUGGAAAUAUAAUAACCGAAUUUUGUGCGCUGAGGGCCAAGUCAUAUGCGUACAACAUAUAUGCAGGAGAAGAGGAUGCGGUGAGAGAUAAGAACGACAAGGAUAAAGUUGGUGGUGAAAAGAUCAAGGCCAAGGGGAUAAGACAACAUGUGGUUAAAAACCAUAUGACUCUUGAGGAUCAUGUUAAGUGUCUGUUUGGAGAAGUUGGAUUAGAGUUAUACAAGGAGAACGUCUCGAUAAGGUCAUUCAAACAUCAACUGAUGACAAUAAAAUCAAACAAAUUAACGUUUAAUAACUUUGAUGACAAAAGAGUGGUGCUAGAUGAUAAAAUACAUACACUGGCUCACGGUCAUUAUAGUUUAGAGGAAGACGAACUUGAAUCUGAGGAGACUGUUGAUUGGUCUGGAUUAGAAGAAGAAGGACAGAACUGGAACGAGGAAGAGAAAGAUUUAAUGAGAUUACUUCUAAGAGAAUGCUUGUCUAAAUAAUUAAAUACUGUAUAUAUUUCUAAUUUGUAAAUACUAUGUAUAUAUAU